AUGCUCGCCCGCUUCACGUCCGCGGAAUCGCAGCCGUCGGUUCCCGUUCCGUUGGCUUGCAGAAAAUCUCCACCGUUUAUGCUUAGCAACCGAACGCUGAAAUUAUCGAGUCAUGGAAUAAAUCGAUAUCGCACCAGCGUAUUAAAUUCAUGUCGCGGACAUUUUGCAGGCACGUUAGACUAUGGAUACUGCAAGAGCAGCGAUUUUAGCAGAAGCCGCCCCAAGGUUCGAAGAGGCGCAGCGAUCGUGACGGCGUCAGCCGACAACCGGUGGUUCCAGGGAGGCGGCGGCCGGCAGAACAACCGGUUUGGUAGCUGCGGGAGCGACGGAAGAAGCGGCGAGGGGAGCAUGGGGUGGAGCUACCCUUGGGAGUCCGACGCGGAAGCAUCGGCGUGGGAGGCUCGCCGGCAGAGCAUCACGUUUUUCACGUCCGAAGGGGUGUUUCAGAUUCACGAGCUCGCGCACGUGCCUGUGCCCACCGCACCACCUUCAUCGUCAGCAGCACCAUCAGCAUCUCCGUCCGCAGCAGCAGCGGCGCACCGCUUCUCGGAGCGGCGAUACAUGGAUCCACAGCAGGGCCUGUGCCUGGCAUCGCUGUUUGACAUCCGCGCGUUCAACGGUCUUGACGCAUCGCGCCUCUUCUGUGUGGCGGGCUUCUGUCGCUCCCCUGAGAUGCUCUCUGAUGUUGUAGCGGACACCGUGCUCAUGGCUGGCGGGGAGGUGGUGGACUCGAAGCUGGAGAUGGGGCAGGGCCUGCAUGCGCAUCUACGCCUCACUGUCGCCCUCCCCUAUCUAUUUGGCGUGCCGCCCGCCUUGGACGCACUGAAUCGGGCGAUCCGAUUGGGAGGCGGGAUUGUGGAUAAGAGCUUCCACCAAUGGGAGAUGUGCCUCUAG